AUGGCAAUCCAAACAUUCAAGGCCGAACAGGCACGCGCCGCCGCCUCCCUCCGCUGGAAAGCUGCCCCAAAGCCCAAAGGCGCCGCCGAAUGGGUGAAGCGCGCGUCUGAGGCGGCCGCAAUUCUCAAGAUCGACGCUGUCGAACGUGAUGCAGCGGGGAAGCCACCGUUCGCCGAAGUACAGCUCCUCAAGGAUGCAGGGCUAGUGAACCUCCUUGGCCCUCGACAGUACGGCGGUGGAGGCGAAACCUGGCAGACCUCUUACAGAGUCACCACUGAGAUUGCAAAGGCGGAUGCCAGUAUUGGGCAUUUGGUUGGCAAUCAUUAUUCUUGGUUCUGGAGCAGCCAAAUCCUGGGUACGUCCAAGCAAGCUGAGCGCUGGCUUCGAGAGUUUACAGAAGGCAACUAUUAUCUCGGGGGUGCCGUGAAUCCACGCAAUGCCGAUAUGAUUGCUGAGGAUACGGGGCUUGACCUUGUGUUUACCGGAGAUAAGUUCUUCUCCACAGGGGGCGUAAUAAGCGACAUCACCGUGCUGGAAGGCGUGCUGAAGGAUGGGACCCAUGUCUUCGCUUACGUGCCAACCAAACAGCCGGGAAUAUCUUUCAAGGGGGACUGGGAUGUCAUUGGGCAGAGGCUCACUGAAUCCGGAGGCUGCGUAAUCCAGAAUGUCAAGGUCCCCUGGUCCGAAGCCGCAGGGUUCGUCGACAAGCAAUUGACCCCCAGAGAUGCAUACCAUGACUUUAUCCUCCCACCAGUCCAACUCCAGUUUGCAGCUGUUCAUAUCGGCGCUGCAAUUGGAGCACUUGAGACAGCGGCGGAGUAUACGCGGACAAAAACACGCGCAUGGCCAUAUGGGGGAGACAACAAGAAUAACGCUACCGAAGAAUGGUACAUUCUGGAGGGAUAUGGAAGACUCCAAGCAAAGAUCUGGGCUGCAUCAGCCCUGAUUGACCGCACAGCUGAGCGAGUCUCGGAGGCCAUUCACGCACCACGAGCUGCACUUACGCAGGCUGCACGUGGCGAGAUCGCUGUUCAGGUAGCGGCAUCAAAAGCGCAGGCGAUUGAAGCGGCACUGGAGACCAGCACCAAAAUCUUCGAGCUCGUUGGGGCGAGGGCAAGUCUGAGUCAGUACGGCUUCGACCGAUUCUGGAGGAAUACACGAGUCCACAGUUUACAUGACCCGGUUGCGUACAAGUUCCGUGAGGUGGGCUCGUGGGCGUUGCUGGGCGAAGUUCCGGAGCCGAGUUGGUAUACUUGA